UUUUAAAUUAUGCUUUAAGUGAAAGUUUACAAUUCAAGUCAGUUGCUCAAACAAAAACUUAUGCAUACAUUGUUAAUGUGACCCUAGUUGCUCUCCCUACAAUGUGAUUGCACAUUCCUUCUCUCUACUGUGUAUUUCCUAUGUCCAUUCAACCAGCUCCUGUCCCCCUCUGCCUUCUCAUCUUGCCUCUAGACAGGAGCUGCCCACAUAGUCUCAUGUGUCACUUGAGCUAAGAAGCACAUUCCUUGCUAGUAUCAUGUUAUGUCUUAUAGUCCAGUCUAAUCCUGUCUGAAGUGUUGGCUUUGGGAAUAGUUUUAGUUUUGGGCUAAUAGAGAGUCUGGGGGCCAUAACCUCUGGUGUCCCUCCAGUCUCAGUCAGACCAUUAAGUCUGGUUUUUUACUAAAAUUUGAGGUCUGCAUCCCACUUUUGCCCUGCACCAUCAGGGAUUCUCUGUUGUGUUCCCUAUCAGGGCAGUCAUUGGUGGAAGCCUGGCACCAUCUAGUUCUUCCAGUCUCAGGCUGGUAGAGUCUCUGGUUUAUGUGGCCCUUUCUUUCUCUUGGGCUCAUGUUUUCCUUGUGUCUUCGGUGUUCUUCAUUCUACUUUGCUCCAGGUGGAUUGAGACCAAUUGAUGGAUCUUAGAUGGCCACUUGAUAGCGUUUAAGACCCCAUAUGCCACUCUCCAAAGUGGGAUGCAGAACAUUUUCUUAAUACAGUUUGUUAUGCCAGUUGACCUAGAUGUCCCCUGAAACCAUGGUCACCAGACCCCCCCACCCCUGCUACUCUGUCCCUUGAAGUGUUUGAUUGUAUUCAGGAAACUUCUUAGCUUUUGGACUAGUCCAGUUGUGUGGACUUCCCCUGUAUUGUGUAUUGUCCUUCCCUUCACCUAAAAUAAUGCUUUUCUACUAUCUAAUUAGCGAAUGCCCCUCUCCCUUCUUCCCUGCCACCCUUGUAACCAUCAAAGAAUGUUUUCUUCUGUGUUUAAACCUUUUCUUGAGUUCUUGUAAUAGUGGUCUCAUACAAUAUUUGUCUUUUUCCAACUGAUUAAUAUCACUCGUCAUAAUGCCUUCCAGAUUCCUCCACGUUAUGAGAUGUUUUAUGGAUUCAUCGUUGUUCUUAAUCGUUGUGUAGUAUUCCAUUGUGUGACUAUACCAUAAUUUGUUUAUCCAUUCAUCCAUUGAUGGGCACCUUUGUUGUUCCCAUCUUUUUGCUAUUGUAAACAGUGCUGCACUGUACAUGGGUACGCAUAUAUCUAUUUGUGUGAAGGCUCUUAUUUUUUUAGGAUAUAUUCUAAGGAGUGGGAUUGCUGGAUUGUAUGGUACUUCUUUUUAUUUUGAGGUUUCUAAGGAAGCACCAAAUUGAUUUCCAAAGUGGCUGUACCAUUUUACAUUCCUACCAGCAGUGUGUAAGUGUUCCAAUCUCUCCAUAACCUCUCCAACAUUUAUUAUUUGGUGUUUUUUGGAUUAAUGCUAGCCUUGUUAGGGUGAGAUAGUAUCUCAUUGUAGUUUUGAUUUGCAUUUCUCUAAUGGCUAAUGAUCGGAACCUUUCUUAAUGGCUAUGUUAGUGUUAUUCUCUUAAACAUAAUUUUCCUGCUCUGAGAAAAAUAGGUAACUAAUUGAUCAUUGUAUUAUAUGCUUAAUUUUUUAUUUUAGAUGAGUCAACCAAUUAGAUAUCUUAGAUAUCUAUCUUUAGUAUUGGGAAGGGGAAAAUGAGUGAAGGCCAUAUUAAUAGCAGUGGUAGCACCUGUGGUUAGAGAGUAGUCAGGAAUCUCAUGUUUAUAGUGGUUAAGAGACAGACUUAGAAGUCAGACAGACCUAGGUUCAAAUCCUGACUCUGUCAGUGAUAGGAUAAUAUCUAUAUACUUACAAGGAAGACCAGUAAAUACGACUGUUAUUCAAAUUUAUGCACCAACCAGUAAUGCCAAAGAUGAAGAAAUUGAAGAUUUUUACCAACAUCUGCAGUCUAAAAUUGAUCAAACAUCCAGUCAAGAUGCACUGACAAUUAAUGGUGAUCGGAAUGUGAAGUUGGAAACAAAGAAGAAGGAUCGGUAGUUGGAAAGUAUGGCCUUGGUAAUAGAAAUGACUCCGGAGAUCUAAUGAUAGAAUUUUGUAAGACCAAUGACUUAUUCACUGCAAAUACCUUUUUUUUUAACAACAUAAACAGCAACUAUACACAUGGACCUUGCCAAAUACAAUACACAGGAAUCAAAUCAACUACACCUGUGGAAAGUGGAGAUAGAGACGUUCAGUAUCAGCAGUCACAAGUCCAAGGGCCGAUUGCAGAACAGACCAUCAACUGCUCAUACUGAGGUUCAAGUUGAAGCUGAAGAAUAUUGAAGUCAAUGAGAACCAAAGUAUGAUCUUGACGAUAUCCAUCCUGAAUUUAAAGACCAUCUCAAGAAUAGAUUUGACACAUUGAACGCUAACGAUCAAAGACUAGACGACUUGUGGGGUGACAUCAAAGACAUCAUACGUGAAGAAAGCAAAAGGUCACUAAAGAGACAGGAAAGAAAGAAGAGACCAAAAUGGAUGUCAGAAGAGACUCUGAAACUUGCUCUUGAACAUAGUAGCUAAAGCAAAAGGAAGAAACGAUGAAGUAAAAGCUUUACAGAAGAUUUCAAAGAGAUGCUUGAGAACACAAAGUAAAGUAUUAUAAUGAAAUGUGCAAAGACCUGGAGUUAGAAAACCAAAAGGGUAGAACAGUUUCAGCAUUUCUCAAGCGGAAAGAACUGAAGAAAAAAUUCAGACGUCAAGUUGCACUAUUGAAGGAUUGUAUGGGCAAAAUAUUGAAUGAUGCAGAAAGUAUCAAAAGAAGAUGGAAGGACUACACAGAGUUACUGUACCAAAAAGAAUUGGUUGAUGGUCAUCCAUUUCAGAAGGUAGCAUAUAAUCAAGAACUGAUGGUACCGAAGGAAGAAGCCCAACCUGCACUGAAGGCAUUGGCAAAAAACAAGCCUCCAGGAAUUAAUUGAAUGCCAAUUGAAAUGUUUCUAUAAACAGAUGAAGUGCUGGAGGUACUCGUCUGUCAGGAAAUUUGGAAGACAGCUACCUGGCCAACCAACUGGAAGAGAUCCAUAUUUGUGCCCAUUCCAAAGAAAGGUGAUCCAACAGAAUGUGGAAAUUAUUGAACACUAUCAUUAAUAUCACACACAAGUAAAAUUUUGCUGAAGAUAAUUCAAAAAUGGUUGCAGCAGUACAUUGACAGGGAACAGACAGAAAUUCCAGCGGAUUCAGAAGAGGACAUGGAAUGGCAUCUGCUGAUAUCAGAUGGAUCUUGGCUGGAAGCAGAGAAUAUCAGAAAGAUGUUUACCUGUGUUUUCUUCACUAUGUGAAGGCAACAGACUGUGUGGAUCAUAACAAAUUAUAGAUAACAUUGCGAAGAAUGAGAAUUCCAGAACACUUCAGUGUGCUCUUGCAGCACCUGUACGGAGACUGAGUGGCAGUCAUUCAGAUAGAACAAGGUGAUACUCUGUUGUUUAAAAUCAGGAAAAGGGUGCAUCAGGGUUGUAUCCUUUCACCAUACUCAUUCAUUGUGUAUGCUGAGCAUGUAAUCUGGGAAACUGGACUGUGCAAAAAAGAAUGUGGCAUCAGGAUUGGAGGAAUGCUCAUUGACAACCUGUGAUACGCAGAUGAUGCAACCUUGCUUGCUGAAAAUGUAGAGAACUUGAAGCACUUACUGUUGAAGAUCAAAGACUACAGCCUUCGGUACUGAUUGCUCAUUAACAUAAAACAAAAAUCGUCACAACUGGACCAAUAAGCAAUAUCAUGAUAAAUGGAGAAAAUGGUGAAGUUGAAUCCACAAUCAACGCUCAUGGAAGCAGCAGCCAGGAAAUCAAACGAUGUGUCUCAUUGGGCAAAUCUACUGUAAAAGACCUGUUUAAAGUGUUCAGAAGCAAAAAUGUACCUUGAGGUCUAAGAUACAUCUGACUCAAGCCGUGGUAUUUUCAGUCGUCUCACGUGCAUGUGAAAGCUGGACAGUGAAUAAUGAAGACUGAAGAAAAACUGGUACAUUUGAAUUAUGGUGUUGGUGAAUAAUAUUGAAUAUACCAUGGACUGCCAGAAGAACAAACAAAUCUGUCUCGGAAGAAAAUACAGCCGAAAUGGUCCUUAGAAGUGAGGAUGGUGAGACUUUACCUCAUGUACUUUGGAUAUGUUAUCAGGAGGGACCAGUCCUUGGAGAAGGACAUCAUGCUUGGUAAAGUAGAGGGUCAGUGAAAAAUAGGAAACCCUCAACGAGAUGGAUUGACACAGUGGCUGCAACAAUGGGCUCAAACAUAGCAAUGACUAAGAGAAUGGCGCAGGACCAGACAGUGUUUUAUUUUGUUGUACACAGGGUCACUAUGAGUUGGAACUGACUUGAUGACACCUAACUGCAAUAACCGCUUAGUAAUAUCCUUGUACUGAGAUCUGUUUUGUCUGUAUUUAUAGUGACUGUGACUCUUCUUUUUUUUCUUCUUUGAUUAAUGUUGGCAGGAAUAUCUUUUUCCAUCCUUUUACGUCUAACCUGUUUUUGUUGUUAUAUUUAAAGUGGGUUUCUGGUAGGCAGCAUAUAGUCAGGUCUUGCUUUUUAUUUAAUCUGGCAAUCUCUGCCUUUUAACUGGAAACUUUAAAUCAUUUACAGUUGAUAUGUUUUUUGAUAUGGUUAGACUUAAAUCUGCCUUCUUGCCCUUUUUUUCUAUUUGUGUCAUCUGUUCUUUGUUCCUUUUUCCCUCUUUUUCAGGCCUUAUUUGUAUUAGUUAAGUAAUUACUGUGAUUGUGUUUUAUCUCCUUUGUUGGUUUAUUAGCUAUAACUAUUUUUUAGUGGUUGCUUUAGAGUUUAUAGUAUAUGUCCAACUUAUCACAGUCUACCUUCAAGUAAUUUCGUACCACUUCAGACGUAGUGUAAGAACCUUACAGUAGUACACUUUCGUUUUUUUCCCCUUGCUGGACUUUGUGAUACCGUUGUCAUAGACGUUUACUUCUAUGUAUAUUAUAAACCCCACAAUACAUUGCUGUUAUUUUUCCUUUAAAUAGUUGAUUAUUUCAAAAGGGAGUUAAAUAAUAAGGAAAACAUUCUUUAUUUCCCCGUGUAGCUCCUAUUUCAUUGCUUUUCAUUUAUUUGUAUUGAUCCAGAUUUUCAUUUGAUACCAUUUUUCCUCACCUGAACGUCUUACUUUUUCUCAUUGCACAGGUAUGUUGAUGAUGAAUUCUUUCAGCAUUUGUUAUUUUUGAAAAAGUCUUUAUUUUGCUUUCGCUUUGACUUGUGAAAGCAAUUGUAUGGAAUUCUGUGUUGACUUUUUUUUUUUUUAGUUCUUUAAGGAUGUUCUGGCAUGUAUUGCUUCUGACAGGAAAGCUGCUGUUACUCUUAUUUCUGCUCCUCUGUUUGGUUGGGAUGUUCCGGUAAUUCUGAGAAAUUCAGAAGAGACCCAGUUCAGCACGAGAGUUUUCAAAAAGCAAAUGAAACAAGUUAAAAAUCCUUUCGGCUUAGAGAUCACCAACCCAUCUUCAGCUUCAAUCACAACUGGUAUAACCUUGACAACAGAUUGCCUUGAAGAUAGCCUCCUCACAUGCUACUGGGGGUGCAGCGUUCAAAAAUUAUAUGAAGCUCUACAGAAACACGUUUAUUGUUUCAGAAUAAGUACUCCCCAAGCAUUAGAAGAUGCUCUGUAUAGUGAAUACCUCUACCAAGAGCAGUAUUUUAUUAAAAAGGACAGCAAAGAAGAAAUAUAUUGCCAGUUACCAAGUGAUACCAAAAUUGAAGACUUUGGUACAGUGCCCAGAUCUCGCUAUCCUUUGAUAGCAUUGUUGACCUUAGCUGAUGAGGAUGACCGAGAAAUUUAUGAUAUUAUUUCAAUGGUGUCAGUAAUUCAUAUUCCUGAUAAGACUUACAAGCUUUCCUGCAGAAUAUUAUAUCAAUAUUUACUCCUGGCUCAAGGUCAAUUUCAUGAUCUAAAGCAACUUUUCAUGUCUGCAAAUAAUAAUUCUACUCCCUCAAGCAGUGCUUCUCCAGAAGAAAAAAGCACAGACAGAAUUUUGUUGGAAAAGGCUGGACUUUCUGAAGGUGAAGCGGAGCCACCUGAGGAGAACAGCAAGGAUUGUGUUGUCUGCCAGAAUGGGCCAGUGAACUGGGUGCUCCUGCCAUGUAGACAUACGUGCUUGUGUGAUGGCUGUGUCAGGUAUUUCCAGCAGUGCCCAAUGUGCAGGCAGUUUGUUCAGGAAUCUUUUGCACUUUGCAGUCAAAAAGAGCAAGAUAAAGACAAACUGAAAACUCUUUGAAGAUGUUGUUAAAACUGAAAAGUACGCUUUCUGCUGAAGAUGCCGAAUUUUUUGUUCUUGGAAUUAAUCAUAACAUGGAAUCUACAGUGUUGAUCAUCAGCAAAAAUUAUAUUUUAACUUCAUAUUUAUACAGCACAUGGAUGAUAACAAUUAUCCGUUUCUGCUUGGUAUGGUAAAUACUGGCAUGCCACCUGUGUUAAUACAUAAAAAUUCAUUCAGCUAAAGAAGAAUGUCAACAUUUGGCUUUUUAAUCAGCUAGAGCAUUUCAUAUAAUGCUGAUUAGAAAAAUCAUUCUAAAAAGAAAUUCUAUCUAAAAUAUGAGGAGGUAGAAGACUUAAGAUUGCAAAAUGUUUUCCCUUUGACAUAUGCUGGAGUACAAUUAGGAAAAUAAUUCUUCUUAAAGUAAUUGUAUGACCCCUCCCCCCAGUUUAUGAAGGAGUUGGAAAAGGCUUCUUCAGACCCUUUCUUGAAACAUCAAUUCUUAUAAACAUCAAUUCUUUGUUUGCUUUCUUAUAUCCCAUAUCAUUAUAGUUACAUAAACAUAAACACAAGCCUUGAUUUUUAAAUGUAGCUUCUUAAAUCAUAAAUGCAAGAUAUAAAUUCUUGAUUGUUCUCAGUGUAUCGUAAAAUGAUACUCAUCUAUAGGAGACAGAUAUAAAACUUCUAUAAUAAAAUUUCUUGGAUGAUUAUAUUUCUCAUUAAAUGUGAUUAGAUUAGCAGAGCGGCACAUCUUACAAAAUGGAGAGUGUGAUCUGCUCACAAAGAUCCCAUUUUCUCCCUGUGAGACUCUUAAUACCUUACCUCAGAUUUUCUCCAGCACAGCAAAUCCAUCUAAAACCAGAGGUUGGAGCCAGAAAAAUCACUAAAAGAAACAGAAAUAACUAUUUUUAUAAUGUAUUUUUAUUCCGAAUAAACACCAUGCCCUUCUGGAAAGUACAUUAUUUUGUUCAUUUGUUGUUAUGUCCUGUUGUUAAGGAAACCGAUAGGCAAAAAAGAUCUUCCACUUUUUCCACGAUGACUAAAAAGAUAAAGGUAAACCUGAGCGAAAAUUUCCUUCAACUCACCAAGAAAAUAGUUCGUACCAAAUAAACUGUGACAUUCAGGGAAA